AUGACGCCUCCUGAAGGAUAUGCUGUGCAACCUGGCAUGGUUUGCAAAUUACACAAAUCACUUUACGGUUUGAAACAGGCCUCACGCCAAUGGAACCAUGAAUUCACUCAGAAGUUAAGUGCUUUCGAAUUUCUCCAGUCUGCCCACGAUAAUUGCCUGUUCAUUAAACUCACUAGUGGUGGUUUUUUAGCUUUGCUCGUUUACGUGGAUGAUAUUCUCAUCAUGGGUCCUGCGGAGGGACUAAUCAUAGAGGUUAAGGCUUACUUGGAUGAUCUUUUUACAAUCAAGGAUCUUGGGUAUGCAAAAUAUUUUUUGGGUUUGGAGAUUGCCCGCUCCUCUGACGGAAUGAGUGUUACACAAAGGAAAUAUAUCAGUGAUAUUAUCACUGAUACUGGGAUGACUGAUGCACAUCCAGUCUUGACUCCUCUUCCUCACGGUAUUAAAUUCAGUUCUGAACUUGGAUCCCCUGUUCCUGAUCCUGAAAAAUAUAGAAGGCUGAUAGGGCGCCUAUUGUACCUUGGUUUCACGCGUCCUGAUCUAUCGUUUGCAGUACAGCAACUAAGCCAAUUCCUGCAGCAUCCCACUGAUCAACAUUGGUCUGCGGCUUUGCACGUUGUGAAGUAUCUUAAGGGCUCUUUGACUAAUGGUAUAUUCUUUCCUUCAUCCUCUAAUUUUCAGCUUGCAGCUUAUACUGAUGCUGAUUGGGGCUCCUGUAUGGAUACACGUCGCUCCGUUACUGGUUUUUGCAUCUUUCUUGGCUCUUCCCUCAUCUCCUGGAAGACCAAAAAACAGCACACCGUCUCACGUUCUUCAGCCGAAGCGGAAUAUCGUGCCAUGGCUACCUCUGUUUGUGAACUUCAAUGGAUCUCUUUCUUGCUCAAAGAUUUCCAGAUUUCAGUUUCGACUCCUAUUCCAUUUUGGUGUGACAAUCAGGCCGCUUUACACAUCACAGCUAAUCCGGUGUUUCAUGAACGUACGAAACACCUCGACAUUGAUUGUCACGUGGUUCGCGACAAGUAUAAAGAAGGUUUCAUUCUACCUUCUUUUAUCUCCAACAAUUUACAAGUUGCUGAUGUCUUCACGAAAUCACUUCCCAGUGCUGCCUUUCUCAAAUUCAUGUCCAAGCUGGGUUUGCUUCGUCCUCCAGACCUAGCUUGA